AUGUUAUCAAUUCGCCUCGGUCGUCGCUUCGUCCAAAAUCAGAAAAGGUUCUUCAAUUCGAAAGAAAUGGCUUAUUCUGAAAAAAGAUUGAUUGGUUUUUCCCGAGAUGAAAUGUUCAAUGUAGUUUCCGAUGUUUCCGAAUACCAUCACUUUGUGCCAUGGUGUAGGUCUUCUAGCGUCACACAUGAGCAUGAAAGCUCUCAGAUCGCAACAUUAGAAAUAGGUUUCCCACCAUUCAUGGAAAAGUAUACAAGUCGCGUUAUUUAUAUCAAACCAUCUGUGGUACAUUCAGUUGUUAUCGAAAACGAUAACCUUUUCCGCACUCUCGAUACAACAUUUCGAUUUGGAAAGGGCAACCCUUCAGUGGAACGCUCAUGCACACUUCACUACGAUUUGGUCUUCGAAUUCGAAUCACAGUUCCAUUCUCGAAUCGCGCAUCUCUUCUUCGAUAAAGUUGUCAAAACUAUGGUGGGGGCGUUCUUACAUCGUGCUGAAAAGUUGUAUGGACCACCUCAAUUUCCCCAUUCACCACCACAAGUUUUGCAAUAUAAAUCAUGA